AUGCGGCGCGGAGUAGUUCUCUUCAUACUUGUCAAUGUCCUCAUCCUCGGAUUUCUUAUUCGAAGCGUCUUUACGCUGCUGACGCUUCUGCUGGAGGAUGCCUCUACGGACGCUAUACACCGAUCUGAAAUCCCCGAGCUCGACUCGAGUAUGCUCGAUUCUAGACCUCAGAUCAUCCCCAAGAUCAUUCACCAAACUUAUAUAAAUGACUCUAUUCCGGAGCACUGGUUGGGACCUCAGCAGUCCUGCAUCAAUCUCCACCCGGACUACGAGUACAAGCUGUGGACAGAUGUAAAAUCGAGAGAAUUCAUCGCAGAGGAAUACCCUUGGUUUCUCGAGACGUUCGACGGCUAUAAGUACCCCAUUCAGCGCGCAGAUUCCAUUCGCUACUUUGUGCUAGCUCAUUAUGGCGGCAUCUAUAUAGACCUGGAUGAUGGCUGCCACCGCCGUCUCGAUCCCCUUCUUUCUUACCCAGCAUGGGUUCGCCGAACCAAGCCGACUGGAAUUUCGAACGACGCCAUGGGCUCCGUCCCCCAACAUCCUUUCUUUUUGCGAGUGAUGGCAUCUUUGCAAGCCUACGACAGGCAUUGGUUUUUGCCUUACAUUACAGUCAUGUACUCCACUGGCCCGUUGUUCUUGUCUGUGAUUUGGAAAGAGUAUAUGCGCGAUUCGUUUGGCAUGGACCGAGUGCGUGUUUUGAUGCCGGACGAGUACAACGGAUUUCCCUGGAGCUUCUUCACCCACCACGUGGGAAACAGCUGGCACAGGGGCGAUGCACAGUUGAUCUUCUGGAUGUCUUCUCAUUGGCUCCUACUGACUGUCAUGGGUUUUAUUCUCGCUGGAUGCAUCGGUUUCUGUAUGUGGCUUGUCUAUGGACGUUUAUUGUUGCUCGGCCAGUAUCGACAUCGGUACGUCCGGGUAGGAAACAGCAGUUCAUCAUCCACCAAAAUGCGCCGACGACCAUUCGUCAUCAUGCCCAGUUUCCUGCGACGCAUAAGCGCGUCAUCCAACUCAUCAGAUGAGGAAUUGGGUCACAAGGAAGAAAUAUACUCCGAAUGA